AUGGAAGAUAUUAUUCUAUCGCUUGGAUCCACAUUUCAUCGGAUUGAAAAGUUUAUUCUAUGGCACAAUCGAUAUACAAGUUUACUUGUAUUUACUAUUGGCCAUGGGAUUUUUUAUGCUAUAGCACGUGCUGGUUUGAAACCUUAUUGUGCUAUAACACUUGUUGUAUUCAUAUUUCAUGUACUUGAUUGUAUAAAAAAGAAACGAGUCUGUGAUGAAGAAAAAAAUCUUUCAGAAUUAACAAAACUUAUUCUACGUUCAUAUCGAUAUGUAUGUAAUACGCAUGAAAAAUUAAAUAUAAUUAAAAGUGAAAAUCGAGCGAAAUAUUCGAUAAUUAUUAUAAUCGUUUGUCUGAUACUUUCCUACAUCGGAAUGAAAAUAAACGGAUACUAUUUGUCAUAUUUAGUUAUGUUAAUACUUUUUACAUUGCCAGCUAUUAUUUAUCAUAAAUUAAUAACGAAAUUAUUGAAACGUUUAGCUCCUAUUCUUGAACAACUCGAUCAAUCGAUGGCAUAUCAACGACGUACAUUAAUUGAUCGCAAGGAUUUAUUAGUUAAAAUACAAACGCCCGGCUUAAAUGAAGAUGAUGAAGAUGAAGAUAUUAGUAAACUUAAACAACAACAACAGCAACAAGAAAAAAUUAGAAAAAAAGAUCGUUUCUUAAUUAUAAACGACGAUGAUGUCGAUGAAGAAGAAAACGAACAAAAUUUAAUUUCAACAAGAGAUGAAAGUAAACCAUUAUUCGAUUCUCAAUUACCAAAUCCAAGUGGAUCAAGUUUUGACGUACUUACUGAUUCAUCAGCAUCGUCAUCGUCAUCGUCGUCAGCAGCAGUUGAUGAUGAAACAGCCCUUAUCAAUGAAUUGUAUGCUAAUGUUGGCGAUAAAAUCGAUGGUAGACAAUGCAUUCGCAUAAAAGGUGCUGAAGUAAAAGUGAAAGGACGUCCAACUCAACAGCGAUCAAACGUCAUGACCACAAAUUUCUUUCAAACCGUUAAUGCAAGCGGAGAACCAGAUUUAACUGGUUUUGACUUUCUUAAUGACUACGAUGAUAAAUCCUAA